GCUGAAUCCAGAUCCAGUCACCGAGCUGCCACUCACACCCCCGGCAGAGGAGGACGAAGACGACGCAGCCAUCGCCUUGGGCACCUUUAAAUACACACACAGAAAGAUUUUGCGAUAUGAAAACUUAAAUAUGAGUGGUUUUUGAUAUUCUUGCUCUGAGUACACUUAAAAACAAGCUUCAACUGCAGCUACUAUGCUAAGCGGCUAAGAAAGCUAACCAACCCUCUAGCACCAACGCAGGCCACGAAUAUUUAACGUAAAUGUGACCACAAACACAAAUUUAGUUUUAAAAAGCCGCUAAAUUAACUUCAAAUUUACCUUUUACGUACCUAAUAAUCCGAAAAGGCUUUAAAUCCGUACUGUUGAUUUCAGUUUGUUUAGCUGUGUUGACACUAGUUUUACGACAGAAACGGCGCUUUACGUUGAAAGCGCUCAUAGAUUUCUAACUGACGGGGAUGGGUCGCUUGGCAACACGUAAUAAGACGUGGCUGUUUGUAGAUCUACAAAGCAUGAACCGAUACUUACGGGCGUCGUAAAGUAAAACAGUCAGGUAACUUGUACCAUAUGAGCAACAAGCUAAGGUUAGCUUAUCAAAAAAAUAAAAAAUAAACUACAUGAGCUUAUUUUACGCACUUCCCGUGUAGAUAAACAGCUGCUAAAUUGUCGAGACGCAAUUUUUUAAGUUGUAAAUUGUCUCAAGUGUAGCUGGCGUUAGCUUCUUCACGUCAUGGAGGUUUUACGACCACAUCUAAUAAAUGUAAAUGGAAGAAUAUACCGAAGGAAUAUCACCCAGGAAGAACAUUAUGAGGAAGAAGAGGAUUUCUCCUACAUGGGACCACCUGGUAAGAUGAAACCUGUCAGUGUUAACAGUUUGUGUCUGUGUCAGCCCGUUUCCCCAAUUUCUUUAAAAAUUGAAGCCAUUUUGUGAUUGUGUCUUUAUGAUUUACCAUGUUUAGAGAGUGAAGACCUUGCUGAGGAAGAAUCUUGUGAUACCCAUAUGAUUGAACAGACUGAGAAAGGGUACCGCUGUGCCAUUGAUGUCCCAAGUGUGCUUUACAAGUGAGUUAUCUACAAAUGUGCAUGCUUUGACUAUUUUCCCAAACUUUUAAAGCACCAGAUGUAGGGCUGGGCAACAUUGGAAAAAGUUUAUCACGACAUGUUUUUCAUAUCAGUCAAUAUUGGUAUAUACCACGAUAAAAAAGAUGAAAUUUAACAGUGCUUAUUAGUAGCAUGUCCUUUGCAAUACAAUAAGCCACUGCAUCUGUGAGGUCUUAGUGUCUUUUUGACGUUCUGUCGUAAGGCGUUACGCUAGAGACAGCAGCCUUUAUCUGUAUUUCUACCGGAAGUAGCACUCAUUUUCGUGUUUUCUCACCGACAGUGCUGCAGCCUGCUACUGCGCAGUUGUUUGCUACUUGAUUCUAAUUCAGCACGUGAUUGGUUCAGCGCAAAGCAGACCCAGAGCAACUCCUCUUUUCAUUGGCUAUGCCGACUAUCUAAAAGUAUCUUUACCAUGUUUUUUAUAGACAUCGAGGAAAAUUAAUUUUCGAUAUAUAUCGUUAUCGUUUUAUCGCCCAGCCCUAGCCAGAUGUUUUCUUUGAGUUGUUAAAUGUACAUCUUUGUAUUUUCAGAUAUAUCAUAGGAAAAAAAGGAGAGACGCGCAAGCGCUUGGAGUUUGACACAAAGACAUCCAUCAACAUCCCAAAGCAAGGAGUGGAAGGACAGAUUGGUGAGAAUUAAGAACCUCUUCACACAGAUUCCAAUUCAGGUUUAUUUAUAAAGCACAUUUAAAAACAACAAAAUGCUGACCAACGUGCUAUCCAGUAAAAAUUAGAAAACAAUAAAAACAAACAAUUAGCACAAACAAUAAAACAAAGACUCAAGAACACAUUAAAAACAGGGGGACAUAGAUGGUUUAGUAAAAACAUGAUUAAAAGGCCAAGUCCUCUGGAAUUAAAAGCCAAGGAGUAAAAGUGUGUUUUCAAGAUUGAUUUAAAAACAGGCAGUGAGGGGGACAGUCGGACAUGAGGAGGAAGAGCAUUCCAGAGUUUAGGCGCAGAAAUGGAAAAAGCCUGGUCACCUCUGAGCUUUAAUCUUGACCUAGGGACAGUGAGAGGGCACUGGUCAAAGGAUCUGAGAGCCCGAGAUGAAAUAUAGGGUUUUAAAAGGUCGGAGAGAUAAAAAGGGGCAAGACCGUUUGAAGAUUUAUAAGUUAAUAACAAAACUUUAAAAUCAAUCCUAAAACACGCGGGAAGCCAGUUAAGAGAGGCUGAAAUAGGGGAAAUGUAGUCAUAUUUACAGCAAACACAAGCUGUAAACGAUUAAAAGAGGUUUGGCUGGCACCAGAAUAAAGUGCAUUGCAAUAAUCAAGACGAGUUGUGAUAAAAGCAUGCAUAACCUCCUCAAAAUCACUAAAAGAUAAAAAAAGACUUGACCUUGUUUAAAAGACAAAGAUGAUAAAAACUGGCUUUUACAAUUGCAUUUAUCUGUAGAUCCAUUUUAGAUUGACAAGUGCUUACUGAAGCAAAGGAUGUAAUCUCAUAUUUGUUAUUGGCCUGAUAGUUAUUACAGGUUCCCACAAAGCUGCAGUCUCAUCUGCGCUCACACGAGUCGAGGUCCUGGUGGAGAGUUUCCGUAAAAAGCAGCCGUUUACACACUUCUUGUCAUUCCCUCUCAAUGACCCAAAAGUUCAAGAAGGAUUCCUGACGUUUAAGGAGGAGGUGUUGAAGCAGUGUGCACAGGUAUGACUGAGAAGAAUAAAAACAGAAAUGAUGAUGAUGAGAGCCAGUAGUAUCCAUAAGAUUCGCACUUUUUAUCCCUUGUGAUUUGAAAGUGUUUGUUCACCUAAUAUGCAGGAUCAUGGCGUAGAUGAAAGCAUCUUUCAAAACCCUGCAAAGCUUCACCUGACAAUCGGUACACUGGCUCUGUUGAAUGACAUGGAAGUGAGAAAAGCCCGAGAACACCUUCAAGAGUGUCAGAACUUCAUCAGGUAGGUAUUUUCAUGUCAGUUGUGAUUUAAAAGACAUAGAGGCAAACAAAUCUGAUAUCACUGAUUCAAAGCAUGAUUCUGGUCAUCUUUAUAUUCUUAUUUUUGCUGAAAUAGCACAGAAAAAACUCACUGAUUCAACCAUUUUUAUUGGUCUGUUUCCUGGCUUAGUUGCACAACUAUAAAAAUCCGACUCAGCCAUUCUGACUCCUUAGUACUUAUGAGUCAAUGUCAGAUUUAUAGUUUAAAGUUCAGAUGAGGUUAUGCUUUAUUUCUCAAGAAAUAAAAAGAGGAACAUAAAUGGACAUCUUAACCUCAAAACUGAUGAGAAAAAUGAGUCACUGCCAUCUGGAUUUUGUUGUGACCUUUAGAGACAUCACAGAAGGGAAACCUCUGCCAUUGGAGGUGAUGGGGAUCGAGUACAUGAAUGAUGACCCAGCGAUGGUUGAUGUCUUGUACGCCAAAGUCAAAUCAAAAGAUGAAUCUAACAAGUAAGUACAUCAAUGAAAAUUCAUUGAGUUUUGAAUUAAAUCAAUUUCUUAUUUUUCCCUGGUACAACUGCUGCUCUUCAGAUUGCAGGUGAUCGCCGACAGGCUGGUUGAACACUUUGUCUCAGUGGGUCUGAUGAUCAGAGAGUGGGACCGAGUGAAGCUGCACGGCACUGUGAUGAACACUCUGUUCAGAAGGGACUCCACAGGUAAAUAUGUGACGAACGCAUGAUGAGAAAAUUGGGAAAAGAACACGACCAGGCUUGCCUUGUCAAAAAUAAUGUUCAUCACAAUGCUGUCAACUGAAUGGUUUUGUUAAGCUAGGAUUUCUAUCACAGACUCAAAUGUGCAUGCUCCUGUUAAAGAGACUACUUGACUCAUCACUGAACUCUUUAUUGCGCAAAAGUGGGGCAAUUGCUUCCAGCCUUCUUGCAGAAAAUAGGUCAUUAUGCCAUAUAAAAUGCAAAAAUAACAACAGCAAAACAAGUGCAAAUUGUAGAGCUGUGAAAGUGCAUUAUUCUUUCAGUGUAGGAAUGAUCUGAAUCAUGACAUUAACUCCCUGAAGUAAUGUUAAGGGACAAAAUGAAUAGAGGGUCUCAAGUUUUCAGCAUAGUUAGAUUUGAAACUCUGAGCAGGUAACCAUGGUGACCUAGUCAGGUAAAAAGUAAACCAGCUUUGCAACACUGAGAAGUCUGGUUUUAAGCUCGAGAUACAUCCCUAACUAUUGAUCCUUCUCCUGUGCAUGUCCCUGUAGCCUGUGUAAAAACAACAUUAUUGACCCGCUCUGAUUACAACGGCAAGCUCCAGCCCUAAACAUGUUUACCAAUGUCCUCUUAUUAUCUUUUGGCUCUGAGCUGAGCUGCAGUGACGACAAACUUGAACAAUUACAACAACAGAUUCCUGAUGACAGAUAUCAGCCAGCUCCCUCUGUUUGGCCAGCGCUCUGUUUACGUGCGCCCAGCGCCGUGUUUUCCAAGUACUCUGACAAUGGCUUCAUUCAUUUUGGCCGUGGAUUAGGUCCAGCCUCAGUUCUCAAAUGUGUACUGAGCUGACCAGCAACAAGACACAAAGGAGGGGCCGUGUCACUGCUCAGUGUUUGCCAACAUGAAGAUAAAUCUGAUUAAAGUCAGUGUUUCUAUUCUGUGUUUCACAAACCCGUUUCACAAACUAGAUGACCUGGAUUUUCACCUUAGUAUCACCUGCUGACGCCGCAUGAAUGCAUGUUUAUGAGAUCAGGAGAUAGCAUAUCUGCAUUUUAUUGUUCAAUGCUACAUUGUGCAGCUUUUCAUUUACUCUCCUGGUGCUUUUCCAGUUGAAGAUGUGGGUGGAACAGGAAGACAAACCGUGAAUGAAAGGGAGGCUUUUGAUGCCAGAAAUAUACUGAAGGUUAGUGGAAAAUUUCACCAACAUACCCCUACAAAGACCCCUGUCCUAACGGAAAUCUGGAAUAGGUGUAAAUGCCAGAUGACCAUUUCACAAGAGGAUUUUGAAAAAGCAAAUAGAUAAAUAUAGUGUAGAUGUGGAAAAACACAUUGACGCCCCUGUGAGGAGUUUUUAGCUGAAUAUUAAACAGACUGAGGUUAAUAGUGAUGCCUGUGAAUAAGCUUCAAAAGCUAACCAGAACAUCAGUCUUCAUCUUCAUGUCUUUACUUUAUCAUUAUCAUCUUCUACACAGAUUUUUAGUGGUUAACAGCACUCUGCCAAAUCUGCCUUUUUGACAUAUUUCCAUGGCAGUAAUUUCUCAGAGUUAUACAUUUGCUGCAGCAUCUAGAUUGAAAAGUGGCCAGUGGUAUGCCACAAAAUCUGGCAUGUCAUAUGCUGGUAUUUGUACAGCAUAAUAUGUCGCAGAACUACCAGAAUGUGUUAUCUCUGCCAGACUCUGCAACAUACGUCUGUAGUUGUGCAACACGUGGGCCCAGCAGUAUACAGCAGCUACUAGACCAGUGUGUUUGUCCUCUCAGUGGUGCGUCACAAGUAUGACACAGAUUUUUUUAUUUUCUCAAUAACAAUGAAGGAACAAUAUUCUCAUGUAAAUACAUCACCAUGAUUCUCUUGUCCAUCUUUUAAAGGGAUAUUCCGGUGUAAAAUUAAUUUAGGGUCAAACACACUGUAACACCAAGUUAGACACACCUGUAGAGAGAUUAAAGUUGCCGACAGCUUGCUUCUCUAGUUAUACCAACUUUAGUAACGACUGCACGAUAGCAAUUCAGAGAGCCACGUGCUCAACCAAAACGCCACUCUAUAGCCACAAAUAAUGCUCAGAACAGCACCUAACUUCAUCAACAGUACAUAUAGGGUCUGAGCCAUAGUACUAGCCACCAAACAUCUUUUUAACUUUGCCUAAUUUUGUUAGCAAAGAGACUAAACACAACUCACCUACUCUCUUCUAGCAGCGACUUGUUUGUAGCGAGACCUCAACCAGUCCACCAUCGACUGCAGCGGGGUGAUGCAGCUCAAGGAAGAACAUUUAUGAUCAUUACGCUAUCAUUUCCUUGAAGUAAUAAUCAGAAGUUAUCAUAAAUGUUCUUCCUUGAGCUGCAUAACCCCGCUGCAGUCGAUGGUGGACUGGUUGAGGUCUCGCUACAAACAAGCGGCUGCUGGAAGAGAGUAGGUGAGUUUUAUUUUUAUAUUUUUUCUGGACUCUGUUAAAUUGCAGGUAGAAACAAGAAAAGGAGGAAAAAAAUGCAAAGCAAAGAUAUUGUGCAAGUUAAAACCAGCAAAGAGAUAACAGAUACUGCUCUGUCCACAGGGGGGCACAAAAACCAGCACACACCAGAAGUUCCUCACAUGAGCUUAGUUUUCUUCACUGUUUGGUUAAAAUCUUUAAAAAAAAAAAAAAUGUACAGGGUAAUACGAGGGAGGGACAAAGUCAAAAAGACCAAAAGAUAAAUGAAAAAUGUUUAACUAAAACUUAAAUCCUCUCUCUUAACCUGCAAAGCUCUUCUCCUCCGUGCUACAUCCUGCUCUGAGUUCAGGUUUUUUAACUGUGGCUGACAUUUCCCCUGCAUUUGAGGUCUCAGUGGGAUUAAAGAGCUUUCCAAUCAAUUAAAAGGUCAUUAAAUGGAGAGGUUUGGGUCUUUGGAGUAGGACACACUGAUUCCACUUCAACGUGAGUAGAGGACAAUCAGGUUAAUUUCUGCUGCUGACUCACUCCAGUCCACCAGAGCAAAAGGUUUCCUGAAAUCAAGCAGCUACUAAAUGAUUUUGUUCCCUCAGCAGCUGCGAUAUGUAAUUAGACCCUCCUGAUCUGCUUAGAAGCCAGUUACACUUGUUCCAAUUUCACAUCACAAACAGACUAGUAUUUCAGGACCUGAGAACAGAAGGUACUACAUUUAAUCAAUCAUUGGUUCUGUUAGGUCAACUUGUGCUCCUACCUGUGGCAUGACAAAAAUGCUUUACAUCCUUUGCAAUAUGAGUUGGGCAUACUGUAAAUUUUUUGGAAAUACAGAAACCCAAAAUAUUUUAUCAUCUACUCUGCACAAUAUCAUUAAAAAGAUUUAGAGGACAAUCUCUGUACAGAAGAGACAAGGCCACAAACCAAUACUGGGUAGCUGUGGACUUUGGGCUCUCAGAAAUAGACACAUCCAAAAUCGCUUAUAGAAAUUACAUAGGAAAUCGCUUAUAAGCAUGAUCUACAAAUGCCUGACUUGGGCCCAAGUCCACUAAAGAUGGACACUACCCAACUUUUUAUCAGCACCCACUUCACAAGCCAGCAUUAUUCCUAAAUACACAUGGCGUGGGUAGUUUAAACAUCUGGAAAGCACUAAUAAUGCUGAACAACAGGUUUUGUAGGUGCUUUGCAUAAUACAGCAAAAAAAAAAAAAGCUCAACCAUGUUUAGACCCUUUAUAUUACAAUGGUACAACUUUGUGGCAUAAGAGGCCAGGUGCUAAACUGAGCCAGCCUUUCAUAAAAAAAUUGAAUUUUUCAUUUCCGAUAUCUUGUCUUUGCUGUAUUUUCAGAUAAAUAGUAGUUUUUUCUGUAUCUUUUUCAUUUGUUGGUGGUGUCCUGAGAUUCUAACACUCAAGCAGAAUAUCUUUGACACAGAAAACUAGCAGAUGGUGGAAUUAUACUCUAACACACUGUCUAAAAGAGCACUGUGUGACUCUCCUACUUCUGACACUGCAGAUGAAAGUACCCUGAAUUAUUACCUCGCUGUUCCUCCCUGCUGCUGAAGUGGUCUUUGUUUGAAAAAUAAAAAUCCUUGAUUUUCCGCCCCUGUAAAUGAAGCAGGUUCUCAGUCGCAUGUUACUAUGGUAACACCGUGUUUUUGAUUGACAGCUUAUCCCUCUGUCUUUCUUUAAAGAGGUCAACAAGUUUAGGAAAGUUUUAAACACAGAGAUGACUUACUUUAAUAGUGUCAUGCUUGGGUUACCUUUUUAAAUGGAAAUACAAUUUGAUUUCAAAAUAAAAAAAGCUGAACUGAUAGUUAAGUUUUGCACCAUUGAAUUUCAUUUGAUAUUUUUCACGUGCUUCUAUUACAGAAAUUUGGAACCUAUCAUUUUGGAGACUUUGAGCUGAACACUGUGCUGCUGUCUCAGAGGUAUUCCAGUGAUUGUACGGGCUACUACUCCUCUGCAGGGAGCAUCAACCUCUCAUGAACGUCAACUGGACUGAGCAUAGCAUCAGGUGAGAGAAUAUUGACGAACACAUCUACUUUGUGAAGUACCAGAUCACUGAACGACUCGUCCAGCAGGUGUCAGCAAAGGGUUUUCAUAAUUUUACAGGCUACUUGUUAUGCUCGAGACCGAGCCACAUUCUCUUGUUUCCUUAAGCCCCCUGAGAUGUAUUUAUGCGUAAAAAAUAAGUGAUCAGAGUGCAGAAUGAUUGAAAUGAUGAAACAUGCCUGUGUAAUCACUCUGGGGGGCCUCUAGGAAGGCAAAUUUCUGUUUGUGUCUUUUAGUCUCCAGACAAUUUGUUCUCUUCAGGGAGUCAAACAAAAUCAGAGGAAGUGACACAGAACAGAUUUGAGCAGAAUAGGCAAUCAAAACAAAACAAAACAAAUAACAAGAGAAGAGCUUUUGUCUUAAUUUUGACGAAACAUUUUCUUUUGUAGGUUUGGAUAAUUUUUGAUCCCAGCAGAAAAAAAUAUGUUUUGUAUGAAAAUUUCUCUUCACUUUGCAAAUUCUCUUAUCCUUUUUAAAAACAUGAAUAGAAAUGAAAUUAGACUCUUAAAAAUAGCCAGCCGUAUUAGACUUUUGAUCAGUCAUAAGCACUUUUCACAUCUGCACUUCUGAUAAAUUUUAGGAAAAUUUCAGGACGACUUGCCCUUGAAAUUCUCCAAAGUUGCUUAUCACACAUGUCCAUCACAGCAAGACGUUUGCUCCACUGAGUAGGACACAUGAUGGGGUCUCAGGAGGUUGGAAAUAAUGUAAAAAUGACUUUGUUCGACUUUGUGUUGACAGGUUUUUGUCUUUAUACCACCAUUAUGUUUACCUGGAUGUAGGGCUAGACGAUAUGGGAAAAAGUAUAUCACGAUAUAUUUUUUUCAUAUCAGUGACGAUAUAAAAAAAAAUCACUUGUCAAUCUUAAAUAUUCCCUGUUACUCUUAAAUGAAAUUUAACAUGUACUCGACAUCAUUUGCAGUGCACAUUACUCUGCUUCAUGUCCGACCUCAAACAAAACGAAAUUCCUUGAUGUCGUCAUCUGUUGGACCUUUGUCUGCAUUUCUGCCGGGGGUAGCACUCACCUUUUUUUCCUCACCACUAGUGCUGUCGGCUUUACGUGCUAUGGUUACGUGUAGCAACUACGCAGUUGUUUGCUACUUGGUUCUAAUUCAGCACAUGAUUGGUUCAGUGGGGCACAAUCCAGAGCAACUCUCCUUGUCAUUGGCUGUGCGUAUAGUCUACCAAAACAUGGCAGAAUGCCGACUAUUGAAAAGCAUAUUGACUAUGUUUCAUAUCGACAUCGAGGGAAAUUAAUUUUUGAUAUAUCAUUAUCAUUUUAUCGCCCAGCCCUAUAUGGAUGCAUUCACAGUUUAAACAAAUUAAGUGGAAAAGAAUAUAACAAGCAGAGAGAUUAUGAAGCAGCUUAAUUAUGUCUGCAGUGAUUGCAAGCGUUGCGUGAUAUAAUCUUAAUGUCCUCUAUUUUUACCUGCUGUGUUCUCUCGCCCACUCAAAGUUUACCAGAGUUCUGACAGGAGAAAGUCUGUGUGGAGUAGAAAUGAUAAAUUUGCCUGUUUGUGUUCACAGAUGCAGCUCACUCCAAAAAUUUUGAGUAAUUUUAGGGAGGUAGAUGCACAUAUAAAUAUAGAUUGGGAUUAAAGUGUGUCAAAUACAUAAUGACUGACAGUUUAUUUAAAUAUAACAGCAGAUUGCAUUUAAUCAAGUAUUGUAUCUAAAACAUUAGCAAAUGGUUUAAACAAGCUUGGGAGCUUCUUUACAUGUGAAAUUUUACCAUAUGCCCUGGUUAUGUUGCCGUGAGCAUAUUUCAAUAACAACACACCAGUGCAAAAAGCAUACCCAUGGAGCUUUGCAACAUAGUUUGGACAGUAACCACCAACUCUCAGCAGAAAGUAAAUCUGUAACCCAACUCUGUACUGAGAGUUGGGAUUACAUUGUGAUUUUACAGUCUUUUGUCUUUCAUGCAAAGGCCUGGGGACGCUCUGCAGUCCUUUAGUCAGUGCCCUGAGUCUAACCAGUGUUAACCCAUAUGUUUAAAACAAGAGGAUAUAGAGAGACAGAGCUUCAGAUGGAUGGUGAACAAGAUACUUAGGACAGACUCCUCCUAUUUGUUGUUGAUUUAAGUAAAUGAUCUGAGUUUCUUUACCAUCACCGUUUGAACAUUUUCAGUGUCUCUUUAUAAACUGUCCUGUUUGAGCAAAUAUGAACAAUGAAAGGUCCUUUAAAAAGUUUCAGCAUGAACGUUGUCCAAAACAAGACAACCCUGGUCUGGUCACGUUAGUCAACUCCUUUUUGACUGUUUCCUUGAAUCUCUCAACCUCAUGAAUGCGUUAGUUAAUGCGUCACCGAUGAGAUUCAUCACACUCGUCUGAGUAUUUUUUUCCAUCUUUUUUUAUCAUUGCCCUUUCCACACCGACCACAACCUUGCUCCCACUCGCGUCUGUCGAGAUCCUCCAUGAACACAGAGCUCCGGUCACUUGAUCUUGCCGUCAGAGCUCUGUGUUUUUUUUCAGCACCUGACCGUCAGCUGGCAAUGCUCUCUCUCUCUCUGCUUGGCAUGCAGGAGGGCUGUGUCGAAGCGGGCAAAAGUUACACUGAUGCAAACUGAGGGUGCUCUCUGUUUGUCAGCGCUGUCGUCCUGUGUUGUCCACCCUCCCAUUUCAGCAGUGGUGUGACUUUGCUUUUCUUUUUUUUUUUCCCCCCGUCGUCCUCCUGGAGCCAUGUCAACAGACGCCAUUAGUCAAGCAGAUGUAAAUUUUGUCAGCCAACCAGCUGGGGCGUCCAUACAUUGACUGAGGCACUUCCUGGCAAUAAAAUGUGUGUUUUCAGGGACCUAAUUAGUCGCUCUCUGCCUCUUGAGAGCAUGCUCACUUCUGGGUCAGGAGCACACAUACAGAAUAACCCACUUGCAGGUAACACACAGCGAGGAUUCUGGGGACUGUAAAUAGAAAGCAGGCACAGAGGGAGAGAGUGAGGGAGAGGGAGAAGGUGAUUUGCAAGUUAAUGAAUUUCAUGGAGACUGUGCAUCCUUGUUUUUCUGGCAGGAACAUGAUUAAGGAUGCGUUAGGCAGAUGUCUUCAGUAAUGAUGAUACUGAAAACCCACAUGAAGGAGAGGGUACGUCAUCCACAGACUCGCACUGAAGGCAUGUUUCAUUUGCAAGCACAAUUCAAGUCAAAGUGCUCAGAUUAUACAAAUUUAUUUAAAGGUCUACUGCCUUACUAAACACAAUUUACAACAAGAGCUGAAAACGGGAAUUGUUUGAAACCUUGUCUCCAUGUAAACAUCAGCUGAGUCCAAAAAAGUCUAAAAAAAUAAUUAAAAAAAUAGAUGUUGAUUUUAAAAUGAAAACACUUGUCCAUGUUUGCACCAGAUAGAUGGUUCUAGACUUUUUGUUAAACCUCUGGUAAUGAGCUUUUAAGCUACUUAUGAAACAGACUGAAAUUGUCGCUCCCACCUUUGUAAGACAAAGGCAAACGACCAUCAGCAAGAAGAUUGAUUGUUUCCAUACAGUAAUUUCUAGUAUCACUAACAACCACCUUGGCGUCAGAUGGGGUAAUUAACCGCACGCUGCAGAAACAGCCUUUGUUUGCUUCUCCUGGCAUCAAGAUUCACUGUUGAAAAACGGCAGUAACAGAUUUACAGUCCUAUACACUACCUGCACAUGUGCAGGCGAAAACAUUAAAGAGGAAAGACAUACUGUCUGACACACAAAACAAAGACUUUGCUUAUUUAUUCAGCACAUUACAUGGAAUAAGUUAAUGUUCUGACAUCAAAUAUUCACGCGUGAUUUUACUGAUUUAACCCUCGGUUCCUGUUAAUUUUAAGCUCCAUCUAGCCUACUUUGUCCCCAAAAUGAACAUGCAGAUAGGUGUUCAUAAAAUAAUAAUAAUAAUUGUAUUAUAUCAUAUUAUGCUAUAUAAAAUAAAUAUUUUUUUAACAUUUUUUUUUUUUUUUACUUUUUUUUACUCAUAUCUCUUAAACUACUUCAGCCCUGACUAUCAAAAAAUAAUAGAUGAAAAAAUUCUAUGAAUUACCCUUUUUAUGCCAGUUUUUGUGCACCAUGUCACUGCUAUUUUAAAUGGUAAAAAACACAAAAUCGCGAUAUUUCCCCCUAUAAAAUGACCUAGAUUAAAUUCUUUUUUAAAUAAAAAUAGUCUUGGCCAUGUCAAUGAAUGGUCAAAAAACAUGUUUUUAAUAGAAGUCUGUUGUUCAGUAUAUGAAGAAAAAUAAGACCUCUCACCAAACCUAAUGCUACAGUCUUUAAAAUUGUGACUGUCAGCUCAAAAUAAAGAUGAAAAAAAUGAGAAAUGUCCUCAAUACGGACAUAGUAGGAACCAAGUGUUAAAAACCCUUAGCCUGCCUUUGUAGUCUUUUUAAUAUGAGGUGACUCAGCUGUUAUUAAAUCAAUGUUACAUUAAACUGAAUGUUUCUGUUGAUAGUGAAGUAAAACUCUCAGGGGUCUGCAAUUAGACCUGUAUCCAUAGUAACAGCAUGCCCCUCAAGAGAUAACGGACUGUUGCUAUGGAGUAUUGACCAAUCAGAAUUCAGCACAUGUUACAGCUAAGUAAUGAUUAAGCUGAUACAUUUCUAAAGUACAGCACUACACUUAAUCACAGUCAAAAAGCAAUAAUCAAAAUAAUUUAAACUGUGAUAAACAGAAUUUGUUAGAUUUCCACAGAUUUAUGUCAGUCGUCAGUAAUGUUCUAUUCAGGCUCAUGAAACAACCAUGCUUAUUUUUGUGGAUGAGUUUUCUCACACACUGUCCCGCCAACUUACAUAUCCGUCCCUUUCCUACAACAUGUCUCACUCUAAUUAGUGAGCUCUGCGCUUCCUGUAGAGGAAACUUCCAAAGUGACCCUCGAGGAUUCCAGACUAGCAUGUGUCCUUUUCAACAGGCGGCAUUAAUGAGACCUCGGAGUGUGUUUGUAUUUCCUCCGUGGAUCUGCAUCCCUGUUUCUGAGCAUCUGAGGUGACACUAGAGCCGGGUUUUUAAUUAAAAUGUUAAACAGCCUAGUUGUCUUUGAAGCAUGUGCGCUUGUGCUUGUUUACAUGCAUCAGUGAGUCACAUAGACAGUAUGUUUUCAGAGGCUGAUUUGCCAGACUCGGCAUUGUGAGUUAAUUUAGGAUAUUUGCUCAUAUAAUUACGUGUUAAAGAAGAAAAAAAGUGUUUCAUUUUUGCACAGAAGAACCAAAGAUGUCACUCAGACGACCGAGGAGUACUCUAAAAACUUACAUGUGGCCGAAGAGGAAAGCAAAACUGCUGCAAUUUAUUUUUUGGUAAUUGAGGUCUUAUGUUAUCUCAUCCAAAUACUGUGUAUAUAUCAUUCCUUCCAGUUUGUGUUUUUAAUGUUAAGUCAAUUUUCAAAGCAGCCUUUUAUACAAAGGCAGUUUGAAACAGGGGAUGAUUAAUUUCAGACUUUUUAGUCUCAUUUUUGGGGCUCUUAAUAUUCAGUACCACACUAUCCAAUUUUUCUCAGUUUAAUUGCGAAUUAAGCUUUCAUCUCGGAGUGCCGGAGUUAACAUCUGCGAGGAGAGGAGAAAAGGUGACGUUUGACAGACGUGACCUUUUGAUACAGCAGGCAUGUUUGGUUUGCUUUGCUUGCUCGGACUGACUAAUAACACACAUGAAAUAGAUUUUCAGGUUACUGAAGUUUCCCCCACGUGGGAAGGUUGAUCAGCCUGGUUUCAAAGAGCAAUACACGGAAUAUUUUACACCACGUCCAAUUAACUGAAAGAUCGAGUCAGCAGCGAGGGAGCUGUGAGAUGACAUUUCAGGAGGAAGACUUGUGCUCUUCUCGUCAUGUUUUCUUCUCUAGCAAGCCUGAAUCCUGCGCUUUUAUCACCAAGGUCUUUUUAGUUAUAAAGCGCGUCAUUCAAUUUGGACAGACAAAGCCUUUAAACUCUCGUUCAGCCUGCAAACUCAUUGGUAUUCCCACCGCCGGCUUAUCCAAUGGCGUCACCUCGUCCCUGACGCAAAGCACUCACAAUCAAACAUGACCCAGGCCAUCCACUCCAACAGUACUUCACCCUCCUUUACCUCUAAACGCAGGUACUGAAUACCCAUGAGGUAAAAGGAUAGCUUUAGCGAGAGCUGCACAAGUUUUAAAUUCAAUAACCCCCCCGAGAAGCGAAGAAAUCCAGUCCAGAAAAAUGUCAAUCCACAUUAGCGUUUUUGUCAUCUUUGUCUCUUGUGGCAUAAAGUCCCUUCGAGUCCUGUAUGUUGUAUUAAUCCACAGAGACAGAGUCACGACCACACCGCAAGGGGAAGCAAUUAAUAGCUCUCCAACAAGUCCACCGUUUUCCUCUGAAGUGACGUUAUUAUAAGUUGCACUGUUUUUAUUGAGUACUUGUGGUUGCCAUGAAACACAGCUAUUAAUAACUACAGAACAUCUCAUUUAGUUUGAGAGUUUCUACUUUUACAAACCUGAAAAUAAAACUACACAAUUAGUCAAAUUGAGGAAGGGAAAGAUAUAUUACUUCAAGAUAUUUAUAAAACACUUAUAUAUGCUUAUAAUGCUGAGACUGGUGACGUAUAUUUUUCUCUGUAAUCGACUCAAAGCAUUGAUAUAACUUUUGGACAUGCUCAAAUCAUAGUCUUAAAGGGAUAUUCUGGUGGAAAAUUAAUUUAGGGUCAAACACACUGUAACACCAAGUUAGACACCCCCUCAAAAGAUGAAUGUUGCUGACCGCUUGCUUUUCUAGUUAUACCAACUUUAGUAACAACCGCAUGAUAGCAAUACACAGCAGUCUGAGGAGCCAUAAACAAACCUCGACCAAAACGCCACUCUAUAGCCACAAAUAAUGCUCAGAACAGCACCUAACUUCAUCAACAGUACAUAUAGGGUCCCAGCCAUAGUACUAGCCACCAAACAUCUUUUUAGCUUUGCCUGAUUUCUUCAGCAAAGAGACUAAACACAACUCACCUACUCUCUUCCAGCAGCUGCUUGUUUGUACAGAGACCUCAGGCAAGUCCAUUACUGCAGCGGGGUGACGCAGCUCAAGGAAGAACAUUUAUGAUCAUUACUUUAUCAUUUCCUUGAAGUAAUAAUCACCAUAUUAAUCAUUUUGCACUGCAGACGCACUAGUCCUUCUGUCUUAGCAUCUCAGUCUGAUUGCAUUUCCAUGAAAAAAUGAUCAUAAAUGUUCUUCCUUGAGCUGCGUCACCCCGCAGCAGUAAUGGACUCGCCUGGAGGUCUCCGUACAAACCAGCAGCUGCUGGAAGAGAGUUGGUGAGUUGUAUUUUGUCUCUUAGCUAAAGAAAUCAGGCAAAAUUAAAAAGAUGUUUGGUGGCUAGUACUAUGGCUGGGACCCUAUAUGUACUGUUGAUGAAGUUCGGUGCUGUUCUGAGCAUUGUUUGUGGCUAUAAAGUGGCGUUUUGGUUGAGGUUUGUUUAUGGCUCCUCAGACCGCUGUGUAUUGCUAUCCUGCGGUCGUUACUAAAGUUGGUAUAUCUAGAGAAGCAAGCGGUCGGCAACAUUCAUCUCUUGACGGAGUGUCUAACUUGUUGUAAUGGUGUGUUUGAUCCUAACUUAAUUGUAUGAUGGAAUAUCCCUUUAGAGCAUUGAUAUUUGUCAUGCUAAAAUCGUGUUUUUAACUAUUUAUAUUUGAUUUUGUGUGGCACAAGUCUUUUCCACUCUGUCGUUCUCAAAUUGUGACUUCAUGUUGCUACAUUUUGCCUCACCAGCCCCUUCCUUUGAUAGUUCUCUUUUCCAGACUGUGACUCUCCGCUGAGUGUCACCGCCGUUUGAAUCCUUCACUGAUCACUCUGUCACUAAUGGGCACGAGCGGCCUUGACAGACAGCCAAGGCGAGAGUAUUUGAAAUGUUUAAUCUGUGUCUCUCGGCGAGCAGGCAGGUGAUCCCUGCAGCAGCUCUUUAUCAUUCAAAGUGCUGAGUCUGGAGGCUGCCUGCAGCUGUCCACGUCUGUUUACUGCUGGAAGCGUUCACACAGGGAAGGGAGGCACAAAGCUGAGUGUGUUUGAACAGCAGGCAGUCAUUCUGAGCUGCUGUUUACCUUGUAUACCCUCUGCACAAACAAGUUUAAAAUAGCCUCCAACAAAAUUUCAUUAAAGAUUGAAAUCCCAUAUUCUUUUUUUUUUCAAUAAGUUUUUCAUCUGUUAUUCGUCUGGGGAAAAAACUGCAACAUUUUAAAUGGAUAAAUUAGAAAAGAGACUGUUGGUGUCUUGAAAUCGCUCAAACAGAAAGACUACCAAUCGCCGUAUUUCUUAAGCUCAGCUCAGUUCAGAUUUUUGUCCCUUUGGUUUCCUAAAAGAGGAAAGAUUCUGAUUAAUCUGCUGCUAAAUGCCUCUGAGUGUUUACAGAGAAGUAACUAACUUUAUCCAUCUGCUGUUUAGAGCCGGCUGCUAAAGCGAGUUUAUUCCGGCUGGAAAACUUUGCCUUGUUUUAGCCCUAAAUGACCUGGAUGAGAAGAAUCAAAAUGAACCAGGACAAUUGAGUUUCAGGCUUUGAAACCAAAACAAUAAGCUGAAAGAUGCUAAAAGGCUCGUAAAAGGAGAAGAGAAUAGUCGAGUCAGGUCUCUACACCCUUGCUCACUAUCUUACAUUAGCUCCUCGUUCAUGUCAGAAUUAAUAUCAACUCUUUUCAUCUGAUUGUUUUCAAAUCUCUCGCUCAGAUGUAUCUGAGAGUUUUACAAUCCUGACAGCACAUCAGACCCCUUACAUCCUCUCCACAGGGUUUGUUGGCUGUGCCCCGUUCAUGGAUGAAAAACUCUGAGGUCAGGGCUUUCUCUGUCUGCUAUGUAACACCUGCUGGAGGGUACAGGUGAACUCUGUUGAGGCUGAAAAGAAACACCUAAAGACCCACUUUUACUCUUUACUUUUUCAUUUAUAUGUGUUUCUAUUUUUAAUCUUGUCUUAUCUUAUAAACUAAAAAUCCUUGGAGCACAUUUGCUUGGUAGUUUGGAUAGUUCUGCCUGUGGAUAACUGAGUAAAACCACUUUUUUCUCUCACUCUCUUGGUAGGAACAUAAAAAUUAAUGUUUUUUUUUUUUUUUUUUACAGUAAUGCAUCAUUUUUUUUCUCUGAGGGCUUUUGAGGGGCCUGCUUUUUACGAAAAGGUUGGGAGCGACUGUCUGAAAGUUUAGAUGAUGACACUAGGUAGGGCUGGGUGAUACCGAAAUUUACGACAGUGACCAACAUCAUUUUGCCCAUGUCAAUAUAUUAAGUGUCAAAUGAAUAAAUAAAUAAAUAAAUAAAUAAAAGUUGGUUUUGAAUGUGUGUAGGUAGGCUAUGGGUCAUGUCCCUUUAAGACGCUGUCCUACAUCGUUGGGCUGGGCGAUAAAAUGAUGAUAUAUAUCGAAAAUUAAUUUCCCUCAAUAUCAAUAAAAAACAUGGUCAAUAUGCUUUUCGAUAGUUGUCAUUCUGCCAUGUUUUGCUAGACUACACGAAUAGCCAAUGAAAAGGGGAGUUGCUUGGUCCGCUUCGCGCUGAACCAAUCAUGUGCUGAGUAGCAAACAACUGUGACAGCACUGUCAGUAAAUUUUAUUUCGGACGGUUCAAAAGUUGUAGCGGCUGGAGCGGUGGCUGAAGUAGAUGAAGUUAAGGCGGGAGGGGGUGAGCAGCUUGUGGGGUAGUCCUCGUCUAUUUAUCGUUAUCGAGGUGAACUGCUCAAUAUACCGUGAUAUUGAUUUGAGGCCAUAUCACCCAGCCCUAACACCAGGUGAUGACGAUGCUUCAACUUUGACCUGCUAGUUAUUUAUCUCCUUUUCGCUGUCUAAUUUAACGCCAACACAUGAUCAUCCGUUUACAGUAUUCCGCAGAAGUCGAGGUUUCCUGCUCUGACUGUCUCCGUAUCCUCAGUUAUAAAUUGUUGAACAAAUCAUCUCCCCGACUGUUAUUCAUAUGUUUUAUCCGUCCUCUCCAAAGUUGUUGAGUGUGAAAUCCCUUCAUGCAGCACUCAAAGCUGUUUCUUCGACUCCUGGAGGGCUGUGGAGUGCGACUGAUGAGGAUUUGUCAUUUAUAGUAGUUGGUAUAAGCUUGAUAAAGAUGACUAAAAUAACUCUCCCUGUGAGACUGAACACGUCAGGAGUUCAGAACAUUAGCCAGCUUCCGUCUAUUGUGGACGUUUAAUUGAAAAAGGUGCUGCACUCUCCUCCACCCCUGCUGCAGCAGCCUGCAGUCAGAACCAGCAGCUUCGGUACUUUAAAGGCAAACUGCUGUCAGACUACCCUGAAGUAACUUUGCACUUUUAAUAGCUGUGUGACCCAGUUUGAAUCCAAUUGAAUUAGAUCCAUUCACAGCAUUUACAGCAGCUCUUUCUACAGCUGUAAGUCACUGGAGAUUACUUAUUAAAUGCCUCCCCAUAUGGUUUAUUCCCCCUUCAACUUUUCAAAAUAACUUCUCUUGAUGGCUCGCCUUUCCAGGAACUUCCUUUCGAGCUGCUUUUUUUUACCCACAAUCCUUUUUAGAGGCGGCAUCUUUUACAGGCUCAUAAACAAGCAGCAGAAGUCGCUGUUUUUAAAGGACCAGGAUGUGUCUUACUGUGAUUGUUGUGACGACGACACAUGUAUUACUCACAGCAUGCUAUAACAUGACCUUGGGUUAGGGUUGUCCCGAUACAACUUUUUGACUUCCGAUAUUGACCAAUAUUGAUCCGAUAUUGGCACAAAAUUGUGCAUGAAAAAUUUUGCACUCAGCUGCAAUGUCUUUUUUGGACUUAAAAAAUACUGCCACAAGGCCGACAUCACUUUAACUCCUUGCCACUUUGUUAGUACCUUAGUACAAACUGUUGUUGUGAUUUUGUGGGCUCAGUUUGGUGAAUAGAGGUGCCAGAGCAGAGCCUUGAAUGGACAACUUGUAUCGGAGUGCUGAUAUCGGAGAUUUUAGAUGACGGCCGAUAUAAUCCGAUGUUUGUUUUUUGCUGAUAUCCGACCAAUAUCCAAUAUCAGCAUUGUAUCGGAACACCCCUACCUUGGGUGCUUUAAGUAAAGUGAAAUAAAAACUAUAUAAUACGUUUAACAUAUCAGUACAACAUGUUUAUAACAGUGGUACUGACUGGAUGAAACACUGAGUAUAGUGAAUCACUAUUUCACUCACAACUCAUCAGCUAUAACAGUAUCCAAAGGUAUCCUAGACUUGUUCAAAGACAAACAAAAAAGGCAGUCAAAGGCCGACAGUCGUACAUACUGUAUGCUUUGUAAAAGUAGUAAAGAAAAAAAGGAGGGUACUUUUUAUGUUUUAAACAAAAAGAAACAGCUGUUUCAAAGCCAUGUUUUGUUGAAAUAAAACUAAUUUUUAAGUUAAAAUGGUACCAAGGGUUUGUUUUGUUUGAACUCUGAAUGACUUCUUGAUCAACUUAUAUAAUUGGACGAAGUUUUACACCAAGCUGCACUAGAAAUUAUACCUUUAUGAGACAUUAUGUAUACUACUUAAAACACUUUAAAAAUCAAAAUUCACUUUAGGCUUUAUAUCUGUGCUAAUGAUGCAUUAUAAGUGGUUGGCUUAUACAGAGUGAUACAGAAAUAUGUGCUGUGAAAGUGAAGAGGUAUCUGACUAUUAAAGUUAUUAUGAAAGUACAUUUGUGAUAUGAUUCAGCACUUUUUCAGACUCAUGAACAUGACACAGACUCUAUUUCAUAUAUCAGUGUUUACAUAGUUUGUCUUGCCUUUACAGAGUUCAUGAUCACAUCAGCCAUUCAUUAUGCAAAUAUGCUGAACAUUUACAUGUUCCAGAUCCCUAAUUGUGAACAUAUGGUGCUGAAUUUUCUCAUGAAUAUGUUAUUUUAUCAUCAUGAAAAAAACAUUUUCAAGGUUUUUGGUCUGUUGCUCAAGCAGAAAGAGCGAAUCCAAGACAACGUUUCGCUUUGCAGUUAUUUUUGUGGCUUUCAACAACAUUUGGAUUUCACAAAAGUGGGAAAAAGUCAUAAAGAAUAACGAUCUCUAAUAGCUAAUCAUCAAAAAAUUGCAAUAUGAUGAUAUGUAAUUCAUUCAUUUACUAAAUAAUUUACAUAUUAGCCAGAGAAUCAUCGCCCAAAGAUGAAGGUAAUUGAGGUCUUCUGGUUUGGCUUCAAAAGAUAUAACAUGUUAAUCACUGUUUAUGUGUUGCAGGUCAUGAUACCAGGAUGGAAAGUCCUCUGGUUGGGGUGCUGAGGAACAAUCUUUGAGUCGACGAAUCGGCACUCAGGGAUCAGGUUUCAUCAGAUGAUGAGAAUGAAUGAACUCAUAACGCAGCUUUGCACAAUCUUUUGUUGAAAUCGGUUGGAAAAUGAAAAUUUGAUCUGGUUGUGUUUUUCUUUCACAGUCACAGGAGUUAAGCGCUCAGUUUUAAUACAGCAGGAACAAAUAAAUGUGUAAAGCAUCCAACCUUGGCCUGUUGCAAUUAAUUGCUGUGUACCGGCAACUCCUGAAGCAAACCUCAUGUUACAGUACGUGAGAAUAUGUAGAGUUUUGAGGAGCUGUGAGGCCCCCAUGAGCUUUUUUGUUAGACAGAAAAUCGAUCCACUCUGAAACUUGUUGACUCAAAAUAUUUACAGAUAAGCAACCCUUCGAAUCUAGCCGCUCUCAUUCUUGUCUGACAAUAUUUAAAUGAAGCUUCCCAGCCCAGAACUCCUCUUUUAUGUAAACUCAGUCUGCUCCGUGAAGUGGAUAGAUAAUUUUUUUAUCACAUCUGCCUUGCGAGGAACAGAGGGGAACAGAUGACAUCAGUUAAUCUCUUUACAAUUAAAGGCGCUCUUCCACACUGUGACUCUUAGAUGUUAAACAGGUUGUGUGAAGCUGCCGUAUAAUGUUCAGAAUAAAGCAAGCUGCACAACAUGCCUUUCUAUUUGAUGUAUUUUUUUAGUCAAAUAUUAUUCUUGAGGCAAUCACCAAAGGAGUGUCGGGCCCUGAGGCGAUAUCCACGCACUUAAUAUGGAAAUAAGACUAAACUUAAAGCAACUCAAGCACCAAGGCCGACAUAGACAAAGUUCGACUCUUCUGUUGAUGUCUGCAAAACUUUAAAUCCACAGAUCUGGUUAAUAAAAUUCGGCCUUGUUGCUGAUGUAUGUUUUCAAAAGUGAUUCAAGACUCUGUGAAGUGCUCUUAACAGAUAGAUAAAACGUCCCUCUGUCUGAGCUUCAUCGGCUGAAAGGCCACAUUUUUGUGUUUGAUGUGCAAACUAGGAACAUUUUGGAAAAAAUAGCAACAAAAAAUGGAACAAGGAGAAAGUCAAUGCGACUUUUAAUAGCAGCAGUGUUUAUCUGUGUCUUUUCAUCAAUUCAUUACAACCAUGUAUAACUGAUUUAAAUGUGUUUGUGAAAUGUGAAUUAUGAAUCUGUGCAUGACUGUCUUUUCCCACUGAGCAAUAGACGGCUAUAAGUCGUCUAGUUUUUUUUUUUUAGACCUAAUUUCAACCGUCUAGAUUCUGUAUAUUUUUAGACUGAAUUUAGACGUUGCACUUUAACCCAUUUUCAACAACUAUUUAUUUCAAAAAGCAACUGUGAGCUGCAUAAGUGAUCUCUAAGUACUUAACCAAAAUAAUUAUGAUAGCCAUUGAGCAAUAUACAGUGUAGUAUAGAUACAACCCAGAGUUAGACUUGGUCUAAACUUGGUCUAAAUUUAGACGUCUAAAAAACAUUCAUUUUUAGAUCUGUGGUAGCCUGAUUAUAGACCAGUCGUCAAGGCUAAAUUUAGACGUCUAUUAGACCUCUUUUAGACCAAUGCUCAGAUGCUCGUAAGAAUGCUCAGUGGGUUUCUAUUUUAGCCCCAUUAUUUACCUUUUAUUAUUAUUCUUUCUUAACACUUUUAGAUUCCUUGACAGAAACCCAAAAGGGACCGAGCCAAACAUUUUCCUAUCUGUGUAGAUUUGUUUAGAUAUUUUGCUUUAAAUUUGUUGGUAUAAUUUUAGAGCUGUAUUAUUAAAAAGAUAACAACAUGAGGGAAA